AUGCCCAUGUGGGUAGAGCUGGCCGAGGGGAAUUUCACGUUCUCGAUCUUCUGCUUCGCCCGUUUCUCCAAAUUCUCCGAAGGUCCUGGAAUCGUUCUUGAAAAUCCAAAGUUGAGAUUCAUGGGUGAUGGUACACCUAGGAGACUAAACAUAUUGCCUGACCACUUUAGUGUUCCUAGUCCCACCACGGAAGCUGCUGCUCAAGACGAGUCCCCAUCAUCUUCUCAGCCAAGAAACGAUAUUUCUCCAAGGUCUCAGACUCAUAGCCAGUCACGGACUCGGAGAAAGCUUAAAAAAGCAGCACUUAUGUUGAAUCUGUUCACUCUUCGCCGUCUGCCUUGGGUCUCAGAUGGUCAAGAGAAGGUAGAGCUAACAGCAGCGGAGUUGGAAUCACUAAAAUCAGAACUUUCUGAGUUAGAAGAAAGAGAAUCUUACCUCAAAGCUCAGCUUGAACAUGUGGAUGAAGUCUUGCGCUCUGCCCGUUUGUCCGGUUACUUGUUUAUCCGAAGCCGUUGGGCAGCUCUUCCGGGUGAACCACCUCCGCUAGACGAUGCAGAAGUAGACGACUGGCUUCCUCGGUUUGUUGUCCUUCAAGGCGCUUGUCUCUUCUUCUAUUUGUUAUCAACAGACUUGAGCCCUCAAGAUUCGACAUUGGUAGCGGAUGUAGUUGAAGUUGGUUCGUUACCAAGCUACAUGAGAGAAUUCGAUGAGACUCAUCAUUGCUUUUACAUUUUAACCCGUCAAGGCCUUAGAUUUGAGUGCUCAAGCACUUCUAAAACACAGGUGGAUUCUUGGUUGUCGGUAUUGCACAUUGAUUGCAGGCCUGAACCAGAAGAAGAAAGAGUUGCAAAUGGAUCAGGCCAAAGCGACACAGUAAACUGA